AUGGGUCGUGAUCUUCAGAAGCGCAAGAGGCGUUCUUCUCGCCCCGCCAUCCGCCAGCCUUCAUCGACGUUGAAAUCGAAGCGCCUCUUGAAUCCUCUAGGAAAUGAUUUGGUAGCCAAAAGCUGGAACAAGAAGGAGACCGCAACGCAGAACUACCGCCGUCUCGGUCUCGUGUCCCGCCUGAAAGCGCCGACCGGUGGCGUAGAACCCAAUCUGACGUCCAAAAACCUGCAAGGACGAGCUACGAAACCCGUAGAUCCCUUCGCCAUUAGCCAACCCACUCGCGCUAUUAUCAGCGAGGUGCGCGUGGAGCGGGACGAGAACGGCAAGAUUAUACGCGUGCUCGACGGUUCAAAGCGGAAGGAAAACCCGCUGAAUGAUCCUCUUAACGAUCUUGAAUCAGAGGAUGAUGAGGACGAGGAUGAGGAAGAAGAAGAAGAAGCCGAAGAGUGGGGUGGAAUCGAGGACGCGAAUGGAGACGAUGAUAUGAUCGUUGCGCAGCUCGAGGACGAAGCCUACAGGCCUAUAGUUAAAAAGCUACGAACCCUAACUAAAAGGGAGACUGAAUGGUUACAGAGCCUUGUGGACAAAUAUGGAGAUGAUACUAAGGCUAUGUCGAGGGAUCGCAAGUUGAAUCCGAUGCAGCAGACAGAGGCAGAUAUCACUAGGAGGAUUAAAAAAUGGAAGGGCACCUCGGCUUAA